UGCCUUCGUCUCGGCCGCAUGGUCUGCCGGCACCGUACAAGCCAUUACACGAGCCUGUUCUCGCGGUCAGUUGGCCACUUGUGACUGCGACCCGGCCCGGCGAGACGGUCAAGCACAAGACGAGUCCGGCCCGUUCGCAUGGGGCGGUUGCAGUGAUCCAAUUCGCUUCGGCAUGCGACUGACCCGCCUCUUCCUGGACGCUGCCGAUCGCGACCUGCUGGCUCGAGGCUACCGCGACUCUGGAGCCGUGGCUCGUCCAGCCAUCAAGCCACGAAGUCGACCGAGAGACGCUUCGAAUAGGGGCCAACAACUGGCGCACUCGAUGGCAAGACAGAGGUUUCGAACGCCGAGUCUGGGAGGAGGGGACCAGCGCCAUUCGACGCUUGGGCAGUAUCCGACAGGGGGACAUCAAAUAGAGCCAAGACGAGAGCGAAGGCGAAAUGACCGGAGUCCAUUGAACGAGAGUUGGACUGGUUGUUCCACAUCUACAAAAGAUUUUUCCAAUUCGUAG